GUUUUGAAUGUUUCAGACGAGAAAGGAGAAGAUGGGUUUGAUAGCUUUACUGGGCAGUGUUAAUUUCUGGUGAAAGUGAGCUUUUUUACACAAAGUUUCAAUUUUUUUUUUAAUGAAAAAUGUGGGGUAGGUGGCGGUGUGUUGGUGGCGGUUUUGGGUCGUUGAGGCAAACGGUAUCUGCAAUUGUUAAUGUGAGGGAUGGUUAUGCUGAAAAGGUUCAACCUUUUGUUCCUCCUUUGUUGGGUGUUGUUGCAGUGAUGUGUGGUGAAAGAGGAGUGUUGAACUACAUCAAGAGGGGUAUAUCAUCUUCCACUGUGCUUUCAUCCAAUUCAUCUGGGGAUAGUAAGGGAAGAGAAGAGUCCAUAUCAUUAUGUGAAGCCAAGAAGCUUAUGAGAUUGGUGAAUGUGGAAUCACUUAAGAUGAAGCUUGGUAUGGAAGGGAAGGAAGUUAUUCUCUACACUGAGCUUCUUGAAGCUUGUGAGAGCAUGGGUGUUGCUAGGAAUCAAGAGGAGGCUGCAGCAUUCGCCAGGGUUCUUGAUGAGGCUGGGGUUGUUCUCCUAUUCAGGGACAAGGUGUAUCUGCAUCCUGAUAAGGUUGUGGAUUUGGUUCAAAGAGCUGUUCCCCUGGCUUUGACUUCCGAGAAUGAUCCAAUGAGGGAGGAGUUGAAGAAACUGCAGAAGAAAAAAGAGGAAAUUGAUGUGUUGGCACAUAAACAGAUGAGGCGCAUCCUCUGGUGUGGACUAGGAUUUGGUGUAAUUACUGUUGGGUUGUUCUUCAGGCUAACAUUCUGGGAAUUUUCAUGGGAUGUGAUGGAACCUAUUGCAUUUUUUACUACAACCAGUGGCUUAGUCAUAGGCUAUGCCUACUUUUUAUUGACUUCAAGGGACCCAACUUACCAAGACUUCAUGAAGAGGCUCUUUCUUUCAAGGCAGAGGAAGCUUUUUAAGAGGCAGAAUUUUGACCUUGAGAGAUUCAAGGAACUCCAGUGCAAGUGCAAAACACCUUUAGGUGCUAGUGCUGUUUUCAAGAAUCGCUUUGGGGUGGAACUAGAUCUUGAAGAUGCUUUACAUAGAGAUUAACUUGAUAUUGAUGUUGAUAUUAUAUUACAGUUAACCUUGUUCCCCAGGUUUUAAUGUUGGUGGGGAAAAACUUAAACUGACUAUAAUUUUGGCUUCUAGUUUUGUAACACACAUUUCCUUCAUUUUCUUGACCA